AUGUGAAAGUUUGGAAAGGAAAGGCAAAAGUUCAACCUGAAUUAUCUUACAAUACCGAAUAGAAACAGAGAAAGCUGGGCAUUUUUUUAAUUUGAUGUAUCGAAUGAUAGGUUCAUUGAAGUUUUUGUUUAUCAAGCUGCACUUCAUGUGUGCACCAGGAACUUUAUAAGUGAUGGCGGAUUCCGAGGUUAUCUCAAAAGAGUCUUUAGGUCAGGCAGAAGUCAAGGGGAUGGAUGUCCAAAACAGCUCAUCGGGAUCCAAUGGCACAGAGGCACGCUGUGAAACAACGUCACAUCGCUCUCAGGAACGUGAUCAUCAUGAAGGGGCUCUGAAGGUGAUGGGGUUGGAGCUUGCCCCCCUGAGGAUCCCCUUCCACCGGCGUCUAGAGACCUUUGCUGUUCUUCAGUGGUGGUUCUGCUUCAUGUUCCUUGGUAUCUUAUCAACCGUUAUAUCCCUCUAUCUUCUCUUAUUCACAAGUUACUACUGGCUGGUACUCUUGCUUGCGGGAUGGAUCUUCUACGACCGCCACACACCUUGCCGCGGGGGUCGAAGGUCGGAUUGGAUACGCCGCUGGAAACUGUGGGUCCACAUGCGGAAUUACUUCCCCAUCAACCUGAUCAAGACAGCAGAACUGGACCCAGAGAAAAACUACCUCAUGGGGUUCCACCCACAUGGCAUUAUGAGCAUGGGGGCCUUCGUGAGCUUCGGAACAGAGGCCUGCGGUUUCUCCGAGAAGUUUCCGGCUAUGAGACCUCUCCUUCUGACGUUAGGUGGAUGGUUCAAUUUUCCGUUGGCAAGGGAUUAUAUCAUGAGUGCAGGUAUGUCAUGGACUUAA